AUGAAAAUAAUAAGGAUUGAUGUUGGUUGGCUACAACACAUCUCGUUGUUAUUCGUUUGUGGCUUGGGUUUUAUAUCUCUUGCAUCAUGUUUGGAUGGAGAUGAUUACAGCAAAACAGGAAAUCCUAAAGUUCUUGUUCCCGUCACAAACCUUGUCUAUAACCGACUUCAGAAUCUAAAGAAUGUCUUAAAGGCUGAUAUUGAUCGUGAUUUAGGAUAUUGCAUCAAAAAUUUGAAGAACGAUUGGGAUGAAGCAUUUGAUUUUGAUAAAAACCUGGACUUCUUAAGCAAUUGUGUCAAGAAAACCGAUGGUGACCUCACACUUAGACUAUGUUCGGCUGCUGAGAUAAAGUUCUAUUUCAAUAGUUUUGUUAGAAGGGACGAAGCAGUAACGGUUCAUGUAAAACCUAAUGUCAACUGCAAUUUGGCCAAAUGGGUUUCGGGAUGCGAGCCCGGAUGGAGUUGUAAUGCAGAUGAUGAUAAAAGAUUUGAUCUUAACAAUGGGAAAGUUCUUCCAUCUAGAACUCGUAAAUGCCAACCUUGUUGUGAGGGCUUCUUUUGUCCUCAAGGUCUAGCGUGCAUGAUACCGUGUCCAUUAGGCUCUUAUUGCCCACUUGCCAAGCUUAAUAAAACAACAGGAGUUUGCGAGCCAUAUAAUUACCAAAUUCCUCCGGGAAAAUUGAACCAUACAUGUGGUUCUGCAGAUAGUUGGGUUGAUGCUGAGAGUAGUGGUGAUAUGUUUUGCUCUCCAGGAUCAUAUUGCCCAACCACGAUUCGAAAGGUCACUUGUAGUAGUGGACACUACUGUAGACAAGGUUCUACUUCACAAAAACCAUGCUUCAAGCUCGCAACGUGUAAUCCAAAUACUGCAAACCAAAAUAUUCAUGCCUAUGGAGCCAUCUUAAUCGCGUCACUAAGUCUUCUGAUGAUCAUGGUUUAUAACUGCUCUGAUCAAGUUCUUGCCACUCGAGAGAAAAGACAAGCAAAAUCGAGAGAAGCAGCAGCGAGACACGCAAGAGAAACAACACAAGCUCGAGAAAGGUGGAAAAGUGCAAGAGGUGCUGCCAAGAACCAAAAGAUGGGAUUGUCUGCACAGUUAUCUCAAACAUUUUCUCGCAUGAAGUCUAAGAAAGAUACACCUGAUAAAGCAUCUGGAAUGUCAAAAGAAAAGAAAAAAGAACCGAGUAAUCUAACCAAGAUGAUGAAAUCAAUGGAGGAGAACCCAAGUAGCCAUGAAGGGUUUAAUGUGGGGACUGGAAGUAAGCACGGGAAGAAGCCGCAAGCUCCAAAGGGUAAACAGCUACAUACUCAAAGCCAGAUUUUUAAGUACGCAUAUGGUCAGAUUGAGAAGGAGAAAGCUAUGGAGCAAAACAACAAGAACUUGACAUUCUCAGGAGUUAUUUCCAUGGCCACUGACACUGAGAUUAGGACUAGGCCUGUUAUAGAGGUUGCGUUCAAGGACUUAACUCUUACACUGAAGGGUAAACAUAAGCAUAUAUUGAGAUCUGUUACCGGAAAGAUCAUGCCGGGCCGUGUUUCCGCGGUCAUGGGCCCAUCAGGAGCUGGAAAAACUACAUUUCUUUCUGCCUUGGCAGGAAAGGCAACUGGGUGUACAAGGACCGGUCUAAUUCUCAUAAAUGGUAGAAAUGAAUCUAUAAACUCAUACAAGAAGAUUACUGGAUUUGUCCCACAAGAUGAUGUUGUCCAUGGGAAUCUUACCGUUGAAGAGAACCUUCGAUUUAGCGCAAGAUGCAGACUAAGUGCUUAUAUGCCAAAAGCAGACAAAGUGUUGAUCAUUGAAAGAGUGAUUGAAAGCUUAGGACUACAACAUGUAAGAGAUUCCUUGGUUGGCACGGUAGAGAAAAGAGGAAUCUCUGGAGGGCAGAGGAAACGAGUGAACGUUGGUGUUGAAAUGGUCAUGGAACCUUCUCUGUUGAUAUUAGAUGAACCAACCACAGGUUUAGAUAGUGCAUCUUCGCAGUUACUUCUUAGAGCACUUAGACGUGAAGCACUUGAAGGGGUUAACAUUUGUAUGGUCGUGCAUCAACCUAGUUAUACGAUGUACAAGAUGUUCGAUGACAUGAUUAUACUAGCAAAAGGUGGCCUUACUGUGUAUCAUGGAUCAGUCAAGAAAAUCGAAGAAUAUUUUGCUGGAAUUGGUAUCACGGUUCCUGAUCGUGUCAAUCCUCCUGACCAUUACAUAGAUAUUCUUGAAGGCAUAGUGAAACCAAAUAGUGAUAUCACUAUAGAACAACUUCCUGUGAGAUGGAUGCUUCACAAUGGUUACCCUGUGCCACACGAUAUGUUGAAGUUCUGUGAUGGACUCCCAUCAUCAUCUGGAUCAUCAGCUCAAGAUGAUUCCUCUCAUAACUCUUUUAGUAAUGAUUUAUGGCAAGAUGUGAAGACUAACGUGGAGAUACAGAAAGAUCAGCUACAACACAAUUACUCCAGUUCUCAAGACAAUUCUAAUCGAGUAACUCCUAGUGUAGGUCGACAAUAUAGAUAUUUUAUUGGAAGGGUUGGGAAACAACGACUUAGAGAAGCAAGACUACAAGCGCUAGAUUUUCUGAUAUUGUUAGUUGCAGGAGCUUGUUUAGGAACUCUUGCGAAGGUGAACGACGAGACCAUUGGUUCACUUGGCUACACAUACACGAUUAUAGCUGUCUCUCUUUUGUGUAAGAUUUCAGCGUUGAGAUCAUUCUCUGUAGACAAACUACAAUAUUGGAGAGAAAGUGCUGCUGGAAUCAGCAGUUUGGCACAUUUUUUGGCAAAGGACACAAUGGACCAUUUGAACACAAUCAUGAAACCUUUGGUUUACUUGUCCAUGUUCUACUUCUUCAACAACCCAAGAUCUAGUUUCGAAGACAACUACAUUGUACUAGUAUGCUUGGUCUACUGCGUAACGGGCAUGGCUUACAUAUUUGCCAUAUUGUACAGUCCUAGUGCUGCCCAAUUGUUGUCGGUGUUAGUACCCGUUGUUUUGACUCUAAUCGCGAAUCAAGAUAGAGAUAGCAUUGUUCUCAAGUAUCUUGGAAGCUUCUGCUACCCCAAAUGGACACUUGAAGCUUUUGUCCUAUCCAACGCUCAAAGGUACUCUGGAGUGUGGGUGGUGACUAGAUGCAGCUCAUUGUCACAAUACGGAUAUGAUCUUAGUGAUUGGGUCUUAUGUCUCAUUGUGCUUCUUCUCAUGGGUAUAAUAUGCCGAUUCAUUGCUUAUUUCUGCAUGGUUACCUUCAAGAAGAAAUAAUCUAU